UCUGCCGUAGUGACGUCAUGGGUGGACCUUUUCGAAUCGUUCCUAUCAAAUUCAUGGUGUGUUUGUUGGAUAACAUUAACGGUUCACAUUUCUGCUGUCUGGAUUUAUAGAAGACCGAGAACAGCCAUGAACGUUCAGCCUUCAAACCCCAAUAACCCGAUAGUGUUUUUCGACGUCACCAUAGGAGGGCAAGAAGUGGGCCGAAUGAAAAUUGAGCUGUUUGCUGACAUUGUUCCGAAGACUGCAGAAAACUUUCGGCAGUUUUGUACUGGAGAAUUCAAGAAGGAUGGUGUGCCUGUCGGCUAUAAAGGCUGCACAUUUCAUCGGGUAAUAAAGGACUUCAUGAUCCAGGGUGGUGAUUUUGUCAAUGGUGAUGGGACUGGCAUCUGCAGUAUCUACAGAGGACCAUUUGCAGAUGAGAACUUCCGAAUGAAACACUCUGGCCCAGGACUCUUGUCAAUGGCCAACAGUGGGCCAGGAACAAACGGCUGUCAGUUUUUUAUUACCUGCACAAAGUGUGACUGGUUGGAUGGGAAACAUGUGGUAUUUGGAAAAGUGGUGGAUGGUUUGCUAGUCAUGAGAAAAAUUGAAGUGAGUGGCAUGAGAACUUUUGUGAGCCACACAUUUUUUGACUUCAGUUUAUUAUUUAUCUUAUUUGAAAUGUAUCAGUUAAUUGGUAUGCCAAGUUGAAGGUCUGUCAUACACAAACAUAUUUGAGGACAAUAAUGUGAGAAAUAACUUUUUGAUUACUAUUCUUAUAUCAAUUAAAAUUUCUUGCACAGAAUGUACCAACAGGACCCAACAACAAGCCCAAGCUGCCCAUUGUUAUCGGCCAGUGUGGAGAAAUGUGAUUUAUUUUUUAAUUUGAUGCAACAGAAAGACUUCUGACCAACAUGACUAGUUUACAUUGCAUAUUGUAAAUUACAGUGAAAUCACUGGUUAGAACUUGUCACUGUUUCAAAGCUGAUUUCAUCAGUGGCUCCUCUGUCCUCUGGUGAUAUUUGCAAAUGUCUUUGAACUCAACAACAAAAGACAAACUUGAAAACUUCAUCUUGAAUUCAAGACAGAACCAUGUGUUCUUUGUACAUGUUGAACCACAAGGCUUUUGUUUUUGAUCGCCCUUUUGAAAUGGCCUUACGAACACUGUUGACUGUGUUUUCUUAAAUACAUUUUGACCCAUGUUUUUUUAAAGCGUUGAAACAUUUUUUUUUUUUUUUA